GAGGGAGGGCCGCGCAGCCCGGAGCCCCGCGCUCCGGAAGUGAAGCGGCCAGACGACUGACUAAGGGGUGUGAAGCCGAGGGACCGCUGACCGAGGUCAGCUCCAGGGGCAGUGUGACUUGAUGGAGCUAAGGAGCAUCCAGGCACAGUCAUUGUGUGGAAUUGGGUGACAUCUGCCUGCACUAGAAGCUGAAUAAACAAGCUCCUUGACUCUCCAGAACAUUUGGGAGCACGUAAACAGGAGGCCCAGACACUCUGCCUUGAGACUUCUCUCUAGGACAUCUGGGGGCAAGAGUGGAGGCGUCCACACACUGACCAGAGGGACGUGAAGUGGCAGAGACCCAGAGAGUGUGAGAGCAGCUCUGGUCCAUGCCUCCCUCGCCGAGGAAGGGUCAACACCACCCCAUGGCUGCUAGCAUCCAGGAGAGAAACAGCAGCCAUGUACCUGCUGAGCCACUGGCAGCAGUGCUAUCCUAACCAAUUCACUAAUCACACUCCUUGGGUCAGGUUUAGAGACAGAACCAGAAGUGCUGAGUUCUUGCCACUGGACAAGUAAGGGUAGCUAGACUGGAAGACUUUGCAACUGCAGUUGGCAUGAGCUGACCUGAAACCCAUUCCCUGGUAAGUUAUAAGUUCAGGAGUUUAUCCAGGACACUUGGAAUCCUAAGGGAGCACCUACCUGCCCCACGAAUUAAUUGUACCCCUAGAAUUAGAGCAAAUAUAGGCCCGCAGUGAUGGCGCUGGCACUGCUGGAGGACUGGUGCCGGAUCGUGAAUGCAGAUGACCGCAAGUCACUGAUGAUCACGGGCAUCCCCCUGGAGUGCGACAAGGCUGAGAUUUGGGAGGUGCUCCAGGAGACACUGCAGCCUCUGGGAGGGUGUAGGCUGCUGGGCAAGAUAUUCCCGAAGCAGGAGAGUGCCAGUGCUGCCCUGCUGGGGCUUCAGGAGGACACUGAUGUCUCAGCGAUCUCCCGUGAGGUUCAGGGGAGGGGGCUUGUCUGGAAAGUAAUCUUUAAGACUCCUAACCAGGACACUGAAUUUCUUGAAAGACUGAACCUCUUUCUAGAAAAGGAGGGGCAGACAGUCCCAGGUGUGUUCCAAGCCCUUGGGCAUGAGGGAGUGUCUCCAGCUACAGCGCCCUACAUGUCCCCAGAGUUCCUAGCCCACGUGUUGGAACAGGCAGUCUCCGCCCACACCCCUCAGCCCCUGCUCCCCAUGAGGUGCCCAAAGCUGAGAGUGUUCUCGGGGAGCACCGUGCCCAGCCCAGAGGAAGAGCCCUUUGAAAUCUGGUGGGAACAAUCCAUGGAGAUAGUCAAAGAGUGGCCGGUGGCAGAAAAGAAAAGGUGGCUGAUGGAAAGCUUCUGGGGCCCCGCCCUGGACCUCAUGCGCCCAGUGCAGGUAGACGACCUGUCUGUAAGUGUGGAGUGUUUGGAGGCAUUUAAGCAAGUGUUCAGAAGCCUGGAGAGCCGCAGGACCUCCCAGGUGAGGUAUCUGAAGACCUAUCAGGAGGAAGGUAAGGAAGUCUCAGCCUCUGUGCUGCAGUUGGAGACCCUGCCCAGGAAGACAGUGGAGAAACGGGCCAUCCCCAGGAAUAUCGCAGAUCAGGUCCGCCUGGAGCAGGUCAUGGCCGGGGUGAGCCUCAGCUUGGUCUUACGGUGCAGGCUGAGGGAGCUCAAAGACCAAUGGCUGCUCCCCAGCUUCUUUGAGUUAAUGAAGGUGAUCCGGGAGGAGAAAGAGGCUUCUUUUGAAAAUGAGACCAUUGAAGAGCCAGAUGCAAGCGGCAGCUAUGGCCACUGGGACAAUGAGGCAGAUGACUAAAAGCUGACCCAGACUGGGACCUACCACCCUGGCCUAGGAGCAUUCAUUUUACCAGGUGAAGACUUUUUCCAUAUUCUUUUCUCUAAUGAAUGCAAUAGAAGUCAAGGCAUUCAAGCCAGGCCUUGAUUCUUCCUAAGAAAAAAUUAUCUGAGAGUUUCUUGAACCCUACCUAGACUACUAAUCAACAAAAGAUAAAAAAUUUUUACCCUGGCUGGUGUGACUCAGUGGAUUGAGUGCCAGCCUGCAAACUGAAAGAUCACCAGCUCGA